AUGUCUGAUAUCUUUAGUUUAAAGAAGCAACUCAUAGUGUAUGGAGCACAUCAUAAUAACAAGGUAAAUGUGGCCAUACAUAUGGUCUUUGUGCCCACUAUUCUCUGGACGCUCGUCAUUUUCUCAAAUACAGGACCACUCAUAAAGACAAACCCUAUUUUUAAUGUAUUUGAACCCAAUUUCGCAUUCUUUUUCAUUGCAUCCUAUAUAGUGUACUAUGUAAUUCUGGAUCCUAUUGCAGCAACUCUUUAUACUCCUAUUCUUUUAUAUAUGUGCCAUUCGGCUAUAAAUUACUACAAGGCCAAUCCAAAUGCAAACAAGGUAGCCAUUGUUAUUCACGUAAUCUCAUGGAUAUUUCAAUUACUUGGUCAUGGACUCGCUGAGAAAAGAAGUCCAAAAUUCUUGGAUAAUGUUGUGCAAGCUUUUGUGUCUGCACCUUAUUUUGUAUUCUUUGAAAUACUUUUCAUGUUGGGAUAUCGACCCAAGUUAUAUAAAGAGGUGAUGUAUGAAGUCAAUAAGGAUAUUGCCACAUUCCGUGCUCGCCAAAAGCGUCGUGAUAUUCCCAGCAGAAAAUGA